GGCAUGACCGCGGGCACUGGGGUCAGACAUUGGAUCGUCUGGCCCGACAGCGGGCAUCGGGUCACCAGGCAUGACAGCGGGCACUGGGUCAUCAGGCAAUUGGACCGUCUGGCUCGACAGCAGGCAUCGGGUCACCAGGCAUGACAGCGGGUACUGGGUCAUCAGGUACCGGAUCGUCUGGAUCGACAGCGGGCAUUGAGUCAACUGGCCUAAUCAGGCUGAAGUGCGGGUGCCGAGGCACCAGGC